CAUGACGUCUUUGAUGUCUCGGCUCAGUGGAGAUGCCUAAAACGGGCAGACCGUGUUGGCGCGUCUCGCGCUGACUGGGCUUGGUGAUGCCGUACGAUUUAUGUGUGAAGAAUCGCCAGCAGAACAUCCUGAUCAUCACGGUUGAGGAGACCGACUCCAUUCGUGAGGUCAAGCAGGACAUUAAGGCAAGAGUUGCCGAGGCUGACGAGCCCCUCUUUUACAACGGUGUAGAGCUGGCAGACGAAGAUGCCACCCUGCUGGAGUACAACAUCGUCCCCGACGACUGUCCUGGUGGUCCAGUGAUCCAUUUGGGCGGAGCGCCCUGGAAAUCGUUUGAUCUGGAGUGCCGACUUCCAAGUGGAGGCCACAUCAAGGAGCACGUCACAGCUGAAACCACUGUGGCCCAGUUGAAAGGACGAAUCACCUCUGAGGUGGGCAUCCCUUACCUCUGCAUGAAGCUCUUCGCGGGCCCCGUGGAACUCCGCGAUCCGCUGCCGCUGCAGCGCUACGGCCUGGCGGGGGACUCAGCGGUGCAGGUGAUGACCACCAGGUCUCUAUACACGGGGCCUGCCGCGUGAGCUGAUGAUGCAAAUCUUCCCCUGACAAAAAAGCAGAACAUGUGGAGAUUUGCAGAGGUGUUGCAGAGCUGUUUUCUGAGUCACUUUGACCUUGAGAUUGGACUGAUAUUAUCACAGUGGCAGAAACUCAUGUGCAAACUUCCAAUCUUUUGCACCUGACCGACUGGCCCCUAGUUUGCGAGUUUGCAGUUGUACUCAUACAGACGUUGCAAGGUGAAGGAGAAUCAUGGCAACGCAUGGAACUUCUUAGCACAAACAGUUUUGAUUCUGUUCAGGUUGGCAGUAGACUGAACAUAAGAUGUCCGCUGCAGCCCUGCCUUUGCCCGCCCUAAAGUUGUG